CCGCCCCCAGAGGCCCCCUGACCUGCAUCCCAAGGAUGAGAGAGGGCACAAAGACGACGUUCCCCAGAGCUGAGCUGGAAGCCACCGCGCGCGGCGAGAUGACAGCCAUCCUGGAGCGGAUCAGCACGCUGUCCCUCAGCGGGCAGCACCUCAGCCGUCUCCCCAGGCUGCUGGAGGAUGGCUUCCCCAAGAUGCCUUGCACAGUCAAGGAGUGUGAGGUGCCACAACUCUUCCGUGAGCCCUACAUCCACACCGGCUACCGUCCCACCGGCCAAGACUGGCGCUACUACUUCUUUAGCCUCUUCCAGAAGCACAACGAGGUGGUCAACGUGUGGACUCAUCUCCUGGCAGCGCUGGCCGUGCUGCUGAGAUUCAAGACGUUUGUGGAGGCUGAGCAGUUACCCAUGGACGCGUGGUCCUUGCCUUUGCUUAUCUUUGUCCUCUCCUCUGUCACCUACCUGACCUGCAGCCUCUUGGCCCACCUGCUGCAGUCGAAAUCAGAGCUGUACCACUACACCUUCUAUUUUGUGGACUAUGUCGGAGUCAGCAUCUACCAGUAUGGUAGUGCCCUGGCCCAUUUCUACUACAGCUCCGACCAAGCCUGGUAUGACAAGUUCUGGCUCUUCUUCCUGCCAGCAGCAGCUUUCUGUGGCUGGCUGUCCUGUGCCGGCUGCUGCUACGCGAAAUACCGGUACCGACGGCCUUACCCUGUCAUGAGGAAGAUGUGCCAGGUGAUCCCAGCCGGGCUGGCAUUCAUCUUGGAUAUCAGUCCUGUUGCUCACCGGGUGGUUGUGUGUCACCUGGGGGGCUGUGAGGAAGAUGCUGCUUGGUACCACACGUACCAGAUACUUUUCUUCCUUAUCAGUGCUUAUUUCUUCUCCUGCCCAGUCCCUGAGAAAUACUUCCCUGGCUCCUGCGAUAUCAUUGGCCAUGCCCACCAGAUCUUCCACAUAUUCCUGGCCAUCUGCACCUUAUCACAGCUGGAGGCCAUUCUUUUGGAUUACAAGAACAGGCAGGAGAUUUUCCUGAAGAGACACGGGCCUUUCUCUAUUUAUCUCUCCUGCAUCUCUUUUUUUGGCCUGGUGGCUUGUAGUGCCACCACAGCCUACAUCCUGCGAUGCAGGAUCAAGGCCAGCCUGGCUAAAAAGGACUCCUGAGAGUCACAAAUGUGACAGGCAUGACAUCACCAGGGUGAUGAAAAUCAAGAAAAGGGGCGUAACAUAUUAGAGACAUAACUGGCUUAUUUGCCUAACAUCUGUGACUAACCUGGACCCUGGAACUGGGUGGAGGGCUGGAGACUUCAUGCUGGAUGCAUUUUCACAGCAGGGACAUCCUGUGCGGGGGGACACGGGAGGUCUUAAGCCAGAAGUCACGUAACCAAGGAUGCUGGAAUAGGCAGAGGUUUCUUGUUCAUUCUGGUAAACCUGUGGGUGAUAGCUUGCUAAAUGCCAAGAAGGGAAGCCUGAAGGCUGUGAGACUGCAGAAGGGUCUGCCAGUGCUCACAAUGCAGUGGAAAACACCCUGUGAGUACUACAGCUGGUUGUGAUCAUCUCUUUGGGUUUUGCUGUCUCUACUAUCUGUGGGACACCUGUUCCUAUCAAAGGCUGUAGCAAGGUUUCAGGAAGAGUCUCCAUUUCUAGGGUUCAGUUGCAAGGGCCUGCGUGGCACAGUGCCUGGUAUAAUCCUUUCCUGCUCCAGCUGGGCUAAGCCAGGUUCUCUCUAUGGUUCCCUUGUUAAGUAUCUCAAUGCCAGGUUGCUGACCUGGCUUUGGCAAAAUAUGUUUGGGAUUUAGGCCUGUUCUGGGGUCCUCUAGGGCAAACUGGGCUUGAGCCUGACCCCUGUGUCUGCUGGUGACUGGUGUAGGUCCAGCACAGGUGGAGAUGUUAGGUCAGCUCCAUCUUCUCUUUCUGCAUAACUGCACCACCUGCAGUGGAGCUGCACUUCAAAACCAAGGAGUCAGGACGUCCCAAGGAUGGGACAGGAGAUGAGGUCUUUCUCAGCAGCUUUAAUUUGACUUAAGCUAGUGGCAGUGCUGAUGGCUGUUUCAUAGCCUACAAGACAGGUCUUCAAAGGCUCCUCACUUCCAUUUUAAGAGCUUGGUUGCCUUUGAGGAGCUGGGCCUGGGCCAGGUUGGAGAUGGUUUGGAGCCUUUCUCAGUAGCAGUGACAGAGCUUGAGCACCCUUGAGGCAAUCAGCGUUUAGGGUGCUGGACCCAGAAGGGAAGAUGCUUUUGAUGCUGGGUGCAUCAUUUUGACAUCUUCUGGGACUGGUUCAUGCCUUCCUGCAUAGACUGAAUCUAUAUCAUCUUCUAGGGAGUCUGACUGACCUCCAACAAUGUCCAUGGAGUGUAGAGUAAUCAGGGUGUGACCCAUCUGAUGUGGGAAAGGCUCUGAGCCUCCAACAGCCAUGGUCAUGGCCAAAAAGGUAUUCAAAUGAAGUAGAUUUUAUUCCACUCUUAAUGGUGCUUUUCAAGACACCAAGCAGUCCUUGGUGUGCCUCAUGGAAAAGCUGACCUUGAAGCUUUUCUUUGACCAAUAGUGUUGGGAAACUGGCAUGAUUCUGUCAGGACUAGAUGAAGAUAGAACAGCAAAAGGCAGGACCAGUGUGACAUUAGGGUCCUAUGCAAACUUGGGAUAGGUUUGUCCUUGAGACUUGGUGAUUCCUGUGUGGACUAGCAAAGAUAGCUGUCAGGGACACUUAAUGUCCAUGGGUCGGUCCUGUCCAAGGUGUAGAAAGGGUUGGUUUACUGUGUCCCCCACUAGAUGAGUCUUUUACAUGCUUGUUUGGGGGGAAUAUCAGCUAUGGACCCACACUGUGGCACUGAAGUUGGUAGCACUGGCGGGACAGGAUGCUCAGAGCCAAUGCAGAUAUGGUCCCGUGCAGCUGGGACACCUGUUUGACCUUCUGCUUGUUUUCUGUAGGAAACCCUAGUGCAGCUCCUUGCUGUGCAAGACCUGCAACCCCAAAUGCCUUGAUAUAUGGCAAAUUCCUAGAAGGUAUAAAUCUUUGCUGAAAGCAAGGAAGCCAUGGGAUCUGUUCCAGCCAUGGAUUUGUCUCACUGAAUCCAAGGACAGGCAAAUGAAUUGUGAUUGUUGGUUCUGAGCAGGCAGUUUAGGGUUGGGGAUAAGAUUUGUCAUGACAAGCACUGAUUCUGGCCUUGAUGUGUUUUUUAACUAUUUGUGUGUUUGUGUAUGUGUGUGUGUGCAUCUUUGAGUAUCCAGCAAAGCUUUGCCUUUGGCUUUUGUAGCUGCAGAGCCUCCUAGUUGGGUCAAGGUUAGCCUGAAGGAAACAGUGCUGUGCUGCUGGACGAGCAAGGUGGGACAGGCAACAGCACUUCUGAAAACAGAUCUAGUAAUAGCUGCUUUGCUGUGUCCUGUGUUUUGUGGACACAUUUGAAAUUUAUGGCCUUACUGAUGAAUUAAAUACGAAGGAGGAGGGAAGUAAGUUUUGAAUACAGGAGGUGAAAUCAUAGGAAAGCCUUCAGAAGGUCAUCUAGUCCAACCUUUCUCAUCCCUUGAGGCCUCAUGGUUUACACUGAGUCCAACUUAGAAAAUACUUCAUUUCCUGCAGUGAAUUUUGACAGCACAGCCAUGCUGACCUAACAGUAAAUUUGCCUUAGGGGAGUGGUGGGCGGGGAUGGUCCCACCUACACAUUGUCAUUCCCCUUCCCUUGCACAGGCACUCAUCUGAUCACCCAAUGAGCCAGUGCUAGGAGAUGUACCAGAGGAAAACCAAUCCUACUGAAAAAAUGUCAGUAAUUUUCUGCUGGUUUUAACUUUCAGCCAUGAAUGCUGCUGCCUGCAGGGGAGGGCUGGAGCAGAGACCAGCAGCAGUUCUUCUUUGCACAGCAGCUGGUUGCUCAAGUGGCUUAGCUGCACCGAUGGGCUGCUCCCUCCAUGAUCUCAGUGGCUUUGCUCGUGGGUCUCCUCCCAGUUUGUGGAAAGGUGUCCAGUGGGUACAGUGCCUUUUCUCACAGCUUAAUUUGCCUUGCUUUUGUGGUUGGUAAAGCAGAAUAAGCUGCUGAGUGUGGAUCUGGCUGGACAGUAUCAGUGGGCUCCUAUGGAGGAAGGGGAGUGAACCAGGCUGGUCCAGAGCUCUUCUCUGGCUUCAAACUGAGGGAGUGGGCAUUGCUGCUAAUAGCAAACCCUGCUCUGCUGCUACCUAGAGUUACACUGGUACCAAAGGCAGGGAUCACCCAGGCAUUUCCUUCUUUAAAUGUUUCAAAAUAGAUUAUAUGUCUUGCCCUUGCCAAAGGAGGAUGAGUACAGUAAUGCUGUUUAGUUCAGGGACAGGGAGAGCAGGUUCCCACAUGGCUCUUCUGAAGCAUUUCUGGUCAUAUUUCUGCAUCUCCCUGGUCCAGCAUAACUCAGACUUCUUCUGGAGCAACUGUGUGACAGUGGUGGUGUUUUUUUCAUAUUCUCAUGUUACCCCUCAGGUGACACCACUCAUGUCCCCAUGUAGCCCUGCACUCAGACCUGGAGCUGACCUCCUGCUUACUAUGAUGGGUUGAUUCAGCAGGGAAUUUCAUACAGAUUGUUGCUGCUGUGAGGAUGCACUCUUGUGUCACAAGGGGCUCACCAACACUGGAGCUUCCUUCAUCUCUAUCUCCAUCCUCCUCCUCUUCCUCCAACCAGCUUAUUUCUUUUCCUCAUCCCCAGACUUCACCCUUGUGCCUCAUGCACCUGGCUGCCUACCUGGGCAGACUCUAGAUGCCAUCUGGUCUACUGCUCCUCAACUGGGCCAGGACUGGACAGUGGCUGCUGAUGCCCUCCUGAAAGCCCCACUGUUGAUCUAGGAGAGGCCAGGGCUGGGUCUGGAGAGAGUAAAAGUGCCACUGUGAUAAAUCCUCAGCUUUUUUGAGAGCCUCUCAGGCCCUUCUCCUGGGGCGUACUGCUUGAAGCACACCUUCUUCCAUCCCAGUGUUCCUCUAAGGACGCACAGCAGGGAGGGGUGUACCAGUGGCAGUGUUUGGUGAGGAGCUGACCACCAAAGGUUAAGUACAUCUGAGAUCCUGAAGGGACCAAGGUCCCAACCCUCUCCCCCAGGAAUCUUUGGUCCUGAGGUAGUAUUUUUGCAGAUCUUGCAACCUGGAUCUGUACAGAACAACUCCUGAAAAUACAUCCCAAUGUGCCUUAUGCUAUUCCUUUUUGUGAUUCAUCCUGAAGGAACCCGAGGCUCAGAGGCAGCUCUUUGCUGUCUGCCUGCCCAUGGCUGUUCUUACCAGCUGCUACCCACUGACAGCAUGGAUGGUGCAGAAGGGGAAGAUGGAGAGAGGUGCCUUAAACUUGUAUUUAUGCCUAGUGACUUGUGUAAUAAGGUAAGGACAGGUUCCUCAUGUGCCUUGCAGUUUACGUCUUCUACUGACAAGAUUAUUUUUAAGCAAUGUUUGUUACUAAAAAGAAGUACAAAAGUUUGUAUUUUUUCCCUGGGAAACAGGGAAGGGUAUGAGUGCUACAUAUUAACCAUUCCCUUCUCAACUCCCAUCUGCUGCCUUUGUAUUGUUGAAAACAUUGGUAAUAUUUUAAGCUUUGUACUGUACUGAUCAUUAUUUAAAAACCUUAGUGAAAAAAAAGAAAAAAAAAAAUCUAUAAAAGCAAAAUGACUGGUG